UUAUACCAAAAAGAAAGUAGUUCAGAAUGGAAUAUGGGUAAUGCUGAUCUCAUUUGAUAAAUUUACACAGCAAAACUUUCAUCCUUGCUGUUGAUUCUAAUGUUCAUGGAUGAAUAUCUCUUGUGGAUGUUUUUUAGACUUUAGAUUGUAGGGUUCAUCAGACUUACUGGGUUGGAGUAAUUCAGAUGAUUUUGGAGAGUUUAUUGAAACAUUUCCUCUUUUUUUUUUUCUCUGAUGAAUUCUUCUGGUAGAAGUGACAUAUUUGUUUGUCUGUGUGAAUAUCAUGUCAGUUGAACUAAAGGAUUCGUUUCUGUAUUUUUUGGGUUGCGUAGAUAUUUUUAUACCUUCUAGAAAAUCUAUUUUGUCUGGAAAAUGUGGUGAUAAUGGUGAUGGAGCAUUAUUUUAAUGGAAUUAUUGAGAAAAUCUAUCGAAAAUAUCCCAUUACUUUUCAUUAGAAAUUGGGUUUUUCUUGAGAGUUUUUGAUGUAUUGGUUGCUAAUGUUGGGGGUGGUACUUGUCUGAUAUCUUAUUUGUUUUCUUAUUUUUUUCUCUACAUUGACUCUACUGGAUUGAAGAGAGAAAGGAUUAAGAGGACUUAUACUAAUCUACAAUUGCCCGCUCUUUGUUGGUUGAGUGUGGAAAAUGGAUGAAUUUUUCGAUGGCCUCGGUUGUAGAUUGAGGUCAUCAGGAAUGGUAGCAGAUUCAAUGAUGAUGGGGUUUGUGAAUUCUGCCAUGGAGGAAGCAUUCGAUAAAGUGUGUUCUAAGGAAGGCAGCAUAGAGUGCUUGAAUGGGAAGUGGAGGUUCUAUGAAUUGGCAAUAAUGCAACUGGAAUGGUGUUUAAAGUUUAUACAGGAAGAGACAGACAGCUACAUUGUUGAGGACAAACUUGAACGUGAAAGGCUGGUGUCAGAGUUAACAGAAACCAGAGAUCGGAUUCAGAAGCGGCUGGAGGAAACAGAGGUUGCUAUCUCAGAGAAGGACCGAGAGUUGAACGAGAGAUCGGAAAAUGAAUUGAAGCUUAGACAAGCUCUGGAAAUGAAAGAUAGGGAACUCAAAUCAUUGCAUUCCAACCGCAAGCCUGAAAGAACUAAAAGUGAAGGAGCACAUGAAUUUAUUCGCAGCAGUUGGGUCGAUUGGGAUGAGGGUGUAGAUGGUGAGUUUAGUGAAUUGAGAAACACUGUUGAUAAGCAGUUCUGGAAUAUUAAACAGACACUUAAGGAUGAACAGAUAACUUUAACAAGGGGCAUGAGAAAAAUUAAGCACCAACAUUCCUGUGCUUUCGAUUCUGAACCUGAUGAAGAGUUGAUGGGGGAGAAAAUAAAUUGGAAGAGUGGUAGAAAGAUAGUUGAGUUCUGUGAGAAUAAUAAAGGUUGUGAAAUUGAACCGCUGAAUUUUUCUUCACGGCCAGAACUGAACACAGGAUUUGAAAAGAUGGGUUCAGAUAUAGACAUCCUAAAAGAGACACUUGAUCUUGCUUUUGGGAUGAUGGACAAUGCCAUUUCCUUGUCCGAGAUGGGGCCAGUGGAACAGCAAUGGAGGUGUAACAUUGAGAAAGACACAUCUACAAUUGUGUGUAGGGGUUUCCUAAGAGACAUCCAAAAGAGUUUUGAAUCAAAAGUAAGCGAGGAAAGAAAGAAAGUUGCUCUAGGAUUGCUGGGUGCUAGCUGGUCAAACUUGAUGGAUGAGAUGACAAAACUGCGUCAGGAACUUGAUCUGUUGGUUAGUCAAAAAGUGAGUCCGAUCAAAGACCGUGACUCAACCACUGUUCCAUCUCAAUCAGAUGCAGGAUACAAGGUUACAUUUCAACCUACAAAUCCUUCAAGAGAGCACACUUUUUCUGAAGGUGAUUGUGGGUUUUCUGUGGACAGAUAUGACAUGGCCAAUGGAGCAUCUGUCAAGGUUGCUAAACUAGACCAUAUGGAAGAGCCACUUAAAGAGGAUCAAGAAGGAUCCAGUGGUAACUUCGUUGCAAAGCUGGUAAGAAAUCAUGAGUCUAUCAUAAGGCAAAAAAGCGAAGAGCUGAAUUGGCUGAAGGAAGAAAUUCUAAGAGAAAAGGGAUCUUCAAGCUCAAGAAAGGAUAAGGAUUCUGAUAGUCUGAAGAAAAGGGUCCUUGAGGUUAUUGUGAGACUAGAAAAUACUAUCAAAGCGAGUAACGAGCUGAAUGCAAAGUGUGAUGACUACAAAUGUAUUAGUGAGGAAUACAUAUCACCUUCGAAGAGUUUAUUAAUAUAUGGCUUAGCAAGCAAUAAAACAGCAGCCAUUUAUGAUAUUGAAAAGGUUCCUGAGAAAGUGAACGGAGAACCACUUUGUCAUUCAGUUGAUUCAGACAUGAGAGAGGUAAUAAGGCAACUAAAACAAGAAAGAGAAGAUUUAAGUUUCCAAACCAUGAUAGCUGAAGAGAUUUAUGUUAUUUUCUUAAGGAAUUUAGUGAAGGAUCACCUUGAGUUAUAUAAUAAUUUUGACACAGAAAGUUUAAUAAAGGAGGAUGUCUGUAAAGUUUUCUUCAGGAAAAUGGUGGAAGAAUGGAACAAGGAUGUCAGAAGCUAUAAGUUUGAAGGCCAAAUUCAGGAAGAGAUAUAUCAAAUUGUUUACAGUGAGGUAGUCAGGGAUUUUGGCUGCAGACACUGCUUAACCUCAAGAAAAUGUCAGGAAGCAAGGCACGAAUGCAUAGUUCUGGAAGAUUUCUCAUCUACCAACAAUUUGAUUGAACAAUUAGAGGAUCUGGUAAGGGAGGAUGUGUUAAUGAUUUACUUGCAGGAAAUUGUGAAAGAAUGGAACAAGGCCAUUGAAAGAUAUGACAUUGAGGAUCACAUCGAAAAAGAAUGGGAGGAGGCAAGAACUGAAGUCUGCUUUCCAGAAGACUCCUUAUCUGCCGACAAUUUGGUUCAAAAUGUGGAUGGUAUAAUAAUGGAUGGUGUUUUAGCAGUUUACUUACAGGAAAUGGUUAAAGAGUGGAACAAAGCCAUAACAACUUAUCACAUGGAAAGCUGCAUCAGAGAAGGGCUAUGUCAAACAGUGUCGAGUGAGGCGAUGAAAGAUAUUAGUAGCACUCCUAGUGAAAGAAAAUUUCGGGAAGAUUCACAUCCAACCAAUGAUAUGCUUCGAAACAUAGAAACCCUAAUAAGCGAAGAUGUGUUGACACUUUUCCUACAGGAAACGAUUAGAGAAUGGAACAAUGUGAUUGAACCUAGUGAUAGCCACACCAGAGGAGAGAUGCAUCACAUCGAACCUAGUGAGCUUGUCAAGGAUUCUGCCAUCUCUGCUUGUUUCAAAGUAAAUGAAUGUCAAAAUGCUCUAAAAAAUAACUUCUUUGCAGAAGAUUCAUCUUCUAGUAACAUGUUUUUUCACUGUUUAGAAUUCCACGUUAGGGAGGAUAUAUUAUCUGUUUUAUUCAGGACAAUGGUAAUUGAAUGGAAUAUGGAGAUGGAAAGUUAUAUCAUUGAGAAUCUCAUUAAGGAUGAGAUAAAUGGGAUUGUCAUCAAUGGAGCAGUCAUGGAUGUUAAGAUUUACUCGACAGAAUGUCCAGACACCAGGAAUGUGGACAAUUAUAUUGAAGAAUUACCAUUCAUCCAAGAGUUUCAAAGUUCAGAAGAGAAGGAAAAUGAGAACUUGAUACACAAAUUGGGUUCUCCAUCCAGAUGUUUUGAUGUGCAGGACAAAAUUAUUGUAAGUGUGAUCUCUGAAUUGUUGAAACAAAAUGUGCGUCUCGACAUUGUCUCUUUGGAACACAAAGAGUUGGAUGAAAGGAACAUUCAGUCUGAAGGGAUGUUGUUUGAAAAUGAUAAUGCUCUAGCUUCAGCAAGUGAUAAUCUAAAGAAGGCUUUGCAAAAUGUAAUUAUAAGUGAGGCUCAGUUGAGGGAGUUGGGAACCACAUUAGGCAUUGCCGUUGAAAAUUCAAAACAGGUAGACAACCAAACAACUCCAAUAAAGGAAAUUACACAAGAGGGAGAGAACUCCUCUUGCUUACCAAAAAGGAAUGAAGAGUUGCAAGUGAUUUUCACGAAAUUUUUGAAAGAGUGUGGGGAUAUCGAACAUAUGAUGCAUGAAAAAGUUGAACGAAAUAAUUUGAGAUUGGAGGAAGUGCAAUAUCAAUUGGAUAUACUUGUUGAGCAUGUGACCUCCCUACGGAAAAAGGAGUUGCUUUAUACCAAAGCUUUUAUGAGGAGAUGCUUUGACCUUCAAAAGGCUGAAGCUGAGGUUGAUCUUCUUGGUGACAAAGUAGAUGCACUUCUGGGCCUUCUGGAGAAGAUAUACAUGACACUAAAUCACUAUUCACCUGUUUUGCAGCAUUGUCUUGGGGUUAUGGACAUCUUAGACUUGAUUAGAAAAGAACUGGGUGGUGUUGCUGUUUGUAGUCUCCGUAAAUAAUUAAAGACAUCCAUGACAAGAGUGGUACUCUCUCUCUGUUCCAGCCUCCUCUCUUUCCAAAAAAAAAAAAAUCAUUAAACAGCUUAAGAAUGCAACUUAAGAAAGGGCCCUUCAAAGCUGAUCAUGGCAGAGGUAGAUGAUACUGUGCAGAUGGUGUAAGUCAAUGAAUAUCUCUUAUCACUGUCCCUUCUUUCCAGAUUCGUCUCAUUCUUUAUUUUCAUUUCUUUGGAAAAGGUUUCUCUAAUUAGAAUGAUUGGUUGGUUGUGUAUGCAAAUAAAACAGUUGAACUUCAUUCUGCCAAACAACUUCCAUACACCAAUGAAAAAUUAAUGGGUGUCCCAAGAAUGUGAUGCCUUUACAUGUAAACAUAAAUUCUUAUCUUUGUCCCAACAUUAUUCACGAUUGUUGAAACGGAUUAAAGUGAGGAUGCAGAAUAAAGUCUUGGAUGUACAUAUCUAGGUAGACUUUUCUUGCAUAAUAAAUGGGUUCAAUCUAUCAAAUUCACAGGGUGAAACUUACAGUCAUGGCUUAAGCAUUACUUUGUAAAUUUUUUUGGUCCUUUUGGCUAUUGGGUCAGCCUUCAGAUUGUCAAAACAUGUAUGCUUCAAAGAAUUCAUAUGGUCAGUUAUUGAUGUAUUAUAUUUUGAGAAUUUGAAAUGGAAAGAAUGGUGGAGAGCCAGAGAAUUAUACUAAUAAUAGUUGAAACUUAAGGUAGAAGCAAGAAUAGUCCACCAUUGUUAAAUCUGAACUUGUGGAAUUGUGUUUAAGGAUAUAAUUGAGUCCACUGACAUCAAAUGAUAUGGCUGUUAGAUGACCAGCACAUUGUCUUGGACUUGGAGAAUCAGAUUACAUGGCAAAUUAUUCUGGUCUCUCAUGCGAAUUGUCUGUUGGAAAAUUAGGGUUUUUGAAUCCCCUAUCUCUAGACAUAUGUUGCACUCACAUAUCACCACCUUCAAACUUGAUUUAUUAUUUUUACUUGAAACCAAGUGUCAGGAUGUGAAUUUGAAAUGUUUCCCAAGACUUAUCUGUUCCUUAACUACUGUUGGUUUUAUUCCUAGUUAUAGUUAUAUAUGGUUGGAGGUUUAUGGUGUUUGUUAUCCUCUGCUAUUAGUGUGUUUCUUAUGCAUUGUGGAUCACAAUUUAUUGUUGUUGGAUGAUCAGAGGAUUGGUAGAUCUUGGUGUAUUGUGGGUAUCUAUGCUCCCCCAACCCCCUCCAAGAGAUGUCUAUUUUGGGAUGAAUGAUUAAAGUUCCUCCCUACCAAUCUAUUUGAUUGUAUCGAAAGACUCAAUGAAUUGGGAUUUCCCUAACAAACGAAGUCAUUUUGGGGCAAGGGGAUCAUUUAUCAUAAAGAGGAUGAGUUCUCAAGAGAAUGAUUCAGAGUUAUUACAGACUAGGACCAUGCAAUGCCAAACACGAGAUAUGUUCCAAAGAACGAGGAUUUUUUCGUAUAAGCCAAUUCAUUUGGGACCCAACAUUCUAUUCUGAUAGAUAUAGCUAUAGAGAUAAUCACUCUAUAUGCUGUGAUGUUGGUAGACAUUGGCAUGUAAGUCAUGUUAUAAUGCUGAAUAAAAUGUCUCCAAUUAUCUAUUUUUAUUUAUUUUAUAGAUAAUUUGUGUGCUUGGUACUAGAUGAUUAAAUAAAUCAAGAUUUUACCAUUAGAGAGACUCAGAUUUUCCAUUUAUAUAUUGGUGACUUUAACCAAAUUCUCUUUAUGAUGAAAAAUUUGGGGGAUGACCCCCAUACCUCCAAGGCCCUGCUCCCAUGGCUUUUAGGUCAUUUUAUUUUUGGGACAAAUGACCCUUAUGUCUUUAAAUAAUGGUUUUGUUCUUGUUGAUCUACAUUUUUUUUUUUUUUUUCACAUAGUCCAAUAAACAGAAACCACCGCAUACAGCUAGGGAAGUAGUCUUGGAUCGGGCAAUGGCUGCGCCUGAUUGGUUCUCUAUUUCUUUGGAUCUAAAUGGGAUGCAUUGGAGCCUACGAUUCUGGUUCAAAAAAUUAAUUGUAUUAUGAUUCUGCUUAGCAAAUGAAAUAGCUAGGGAUGCUUCAAAGAAACAAUUACUUGUUCAAGAAUAUUGUUCAUUGAAAUCUCACCUCCUGAGUGUUUAAGAGACUUUAGCUGCAAUAGGGAAAUAUCCUACAAGCUAAAAAAUGUUAGAUAUGCUACCGAUAUACCGUAAAUUAAUACCUACUAUGUCUCUCUUUCUUCCCCCUUUGAAAAUGAUCUCCUACCCUCUUGCAUGAGAAUGAUGGAAAGGUCCAAAUGUGAGCUAUCACUCCCCCACCCUUCUCCCCCUUAUUGUAUGUGAUCGCGAUAGACAUGAAUAAAAAUCUAUUUAACAUGACUUUAAAAAAAACUUGGAUCCUUUAUUAAAAUUGGAAGAGAAAUAAGUAUGCCACCAAUAUACAAUAAGCUAACGAACAACACCAAUGAGGUCAUGCUAAGGUAUCAUUGAGGAAAGAUAUGACGAUCAUUUCAAAAAGGAAUGAGAGAUAUAAACACAAUGGGUGCUAACAUACGAUAUACCAACGAUAUAUCCAACCUUUUU